AUGGUAGUUCCGUUCGGUUUCUCCGCAGGUGACUUUGUCAGUGUGAUAGGGCUGAUCGUCAAGGUUGGGAAAGCCCUGCGUGAUGUUGACGGCGCCUCAUUCGAAUACCAACAACUCGACCUCGAACUCCAAGGACUCAGGAGGAUGCUCGAUAUCAUCCAGGCUCUUCGGCCUACUGACGAUAAUAUUGGCCAUCUUGACGCGAUCCGUUGCUUAGCACUGACUUGCCAGAUUCCUCUAACGGCAUUUCUCCAGCGGCUUCAGAAAUUCGAGCAGAGAUUGGGACCUUUUGCAAAACACUCGGCCGUCGGAGGGUCUCUUCGGAAGUCGCAAUGGGCUUUGCAGAUGGGCGAAGAGGUGCAGCAGCUCAGAGCGACAGUAUCAGCGAAAGUCCUCAGCCUGACCUUACUCAUCUCUGUUCAAAAUGCUGAAACCUUGGGCAGAGUUGCGGUACAGACGAACGAUGGUCUUCCCAAGCUAUUCUCCAAGCUCGAGUCUAUGUCGGUCGAGCAGACUCGUUUUAGUAGCUCCAUCGCGCGCCAGAAAGACAUGUUACAGCAAGUGGGCGACUUCCAGAAACAGUUACAGAAUGACUUCGAUGGAAACACGCAACAAAUAGUGUCGAAGCUCGAUGAGGCCAACGAAAGCAACGCAUCGAUGACUCGUGUGGUGACCAGCCUCACGCAGAGCCUUACCAGGGCACUAGCAACAGUUGCAAGUAUGCCUCAGGAAGUGCGGGACAUGUUGCGAAGAAUAGCGGUAUCUAAUUUCGCAAUGUACGGCAUGCUUCGAACCAUCCAAGACCACCUCAGUCGUAGUCCUUGCCUCCGCGUGCAGGAUAGCAUCAUGUUUGAGGACGCUUUGGGUCGAUCGAAGCUUCUGCCAUACGAGUAUUUUCAGCACUUCGACAUGGUGGAUAGUUUUCUGCGCCAUCACUUCAAAGGGCUCCCUGGCCAAAGUUUCGUCAGUCUCGGAGCCUAUGCUUUGUUCAAUAUGCAAUCCGGAGGCAGCGAAAUUGUGCCUGCCCAGUGGAGACGCACAAUCUUCCCGGGAUCAAAGGUGCAGAUGGCUCUGAUGGUGGCAGAGGCAUUUUCUGGUAGAGGGAACCCAUGUCUGAAUGCUGGUAGUCCCCGGAACUUGAACACCGGCAGGACUGGUGAUCGGCACUGCUGCGAGUGCUGCGAGUUUCAAGCGACCAAUUUCAACAAAGACCUGCCGACGGCCGAAGUCACUGACCCAGAGAUGCAGACCGCUGGUCCUCCACCUCCAUCGGCGGCAGCUACCACCGCUUCAGAAUUCGCCGGGAUUGAAGAACAAGAUUUUGAUCAGGAAAUCGCUGAGCCUAGCGAUGAGUACGAGGAUGAGGACGAGGAUUGCGCAUCAAGCCCCAAAUCUUUUCUAGAGCAACCGGGCAUUCUUCGAAUGGAACUGGGCAGAUUUCGAGUUUUCAAAAGAGUACACAUACGCAUCACUAACGAUCCACCUCCCUUAGCAAUGCAUCACCGUGUCCUUCUUGAUGAAUCAAUUGAGGGACAAUCUCAAGACGAAGACAUUUUGUUCUUGAUGAAACUGACUUCUCUCCGACCUUGA